UCAUGGCCCGCGAACGGAACUUCCGCUACAGAAACGGAGCACGUCCAUUGUACAAGCUGUUCUGAAAGAGUGCCGCGAUUGUUGAGGUGCAAUCUGUUAACUGCGCGAUUUCAUCAAAGUUUCCUUCAUCGGUUAGAUGCUGUUAUCGUGUUCUAACUUCGAAUCGUAAGUGGUCGCUGUCACAUAUCCGAGAUAUAAACCAUAUAGCUAGAUAACAGUGCAGAAUGAAUGGGUUCAGCACUGAAGAAGACAGCCACGACGGACCCCCGGCUCCCCCGUUUUACGGCCAGAGCUGCUGUUUGAUUGAGGACGGAGAGCGCUGCGGCCGAUCAGCUGGAAACGCCUCCUUCAGCAAGCGGAUACAGAAGAGCAUAUCGCAGAAAAAGCUCAAGUUGGACAUUGACAAAAGUGUGCGACACCUCUACAUCUGCGACUUCCACAAGAACUUCAUCCAGAGUGUCCGCAACAAGAGGAAGAGGAAGACCAGCGAUGAUGGAGGGGAGUCCCCAGAUCAUGACGUGGAGGUGCCUGAGGUGGAUCUGUUCCAGCUGCAGGUGAACACGUUGAGACGCUACAAGCGACACUACAAGCUGCAGACCAGGCCCGGCCUCAACAAGGCCCAGCUGGCCGAGACGGUGAGUCGUCACUUCAGGAAUAUUCAGGUGAACGAGAAGGAGACGCUGACCUAUUUCAUUUAUAUGGUGAAGAGCAGCAAGAGCCGCCUGGACCAGAAAGCAGAUGGCAGCAAACAGCUAGACUAGAACACCCCAACAGUAGUCCACAGCAACAUUUUGUCAUCCAUAACAUCAAUCUGCAACAACUUCAGACCACCGGCUACCAUCUACAACAGCAACCAUCCACAAAAUCCCGAUAUCGCCGCCAACAACAGCAGCAAUGCUGACCUUCUCCCACAAUAAUAAUUUUUUUUAUAAAAAGUCCAGAUUCGUGCACCAUCAUCGUCCAUCUCUUCUGUCAGUGCAGGACACAAACCCUCAUCCUCAGAGGAAAUAUGACGCAGCGAGUAUUGUGAGGACGUCAGAGGAGGCGAGAACUCAAGGCGCAGUGCGAGCUCUGCGGCUCGUUUCGCCUGCCCCAUGUGGAAAGUGAUUGAAUGUAGAGUGAGACAGUGGCUCUGCGGGUCAUGAUGACAGUCUGACCUCGUGAUUCUUCCUUUUUUUUCUUGUUUAAAAAAAAAAGGUCUCCCUUCCACAAAAGAACCCAGGUCCUGAAGACUGCUGAGAAGCUGAACUCUGCUUGCAGGGUUCAUGACACCACAGCGUCCAGUCUUUCGUAAUUGGUUGAAUGCAAUGUACGAUAGCUGCCUUAACAAACAAUACAAGUUCUGGUAUUUUCUUUUCUUUGCCGAGUCAACUGUUAAUGUCCUGUCCCCCCUCUCCGGCUCAAGUGUUGCAUGUUCAGACUGAUAUUGAAUGAUGUAGCAUUUGGCUCUGAAGCAGACUUUCCUCCCUCCUAGCUGGUAUACACAAACACAGCACAUACAGAUUUAUUUGUCCAUGCAUCGCAGGUGUCGGUAGCUAUUUUGUGUUUGAUACUCUUUCUUAACCAGUUUUCUACCUUUUUAGUGAAAUUUGAUCACUGUCCUCUUCCUUAGUUCAGCCUAAUUUUAAGAAUUGUGUCAAGAUGUGUCUGUCUGAAAAUAUGAUUUUGAUUUUGUCUGAUUUUUUUUUCUUCAAUUGAAAUGGUGUGUGCGUGUGUGUGUGUAUGUGUGUGUGUGUGUGUGAGGGGUUGAAGACUAAUUAUUAGCAUAAUUUUAAUAUUAUUUAAGAGCAGUGUAUAUGGUCUGUCUUAUUGGAUAAAGUCACAAUGUGCAGUAACUGCCUUGACUCGUGCAUUGACGCCGGUCAUAUUUGGGUGCAUUUCAAGAAGCUGCACUACCCGAUUAGCCAGAUGGCUGCAAAGAAAAAAAGAAAGAGGUGAAAUUAUUCACCUUUUGAGUAGCCUGAUUUGUCAAAUAAAACUUGAAAAUUUGUUUCUUAUCAAUAGAUGAUCUCACAAAAUGAUCAGUAGUGGAAGUUGGCCAAUGGUGUUAAGAUCAAGUCUUAAAAUUUUAUUUCAAUAUGUACAUUUUUACACAAAAUUUAAACAAACCUGCUUUUUUAAGUCCACCCCAGUAUGACUUGAAGGUCCAACCCAGAAUCUGAGUACUCACCAUGGCUGGAUUUGUUGGCUUUGAUAGUGGAUUUUUUUUUUUUUUUUUUUUUUUAAACCGUUACAUGCACACAUUUUAGUUCAUCACCUGCCUAAUGGUGAGUAUUAAAGGUGUAUUGAAUCUUUCAACAGUGUACAUUUGAGUGUGAACAUUCAAGAAAGGGGAGUUUUGAAUUGUAGAAGAAUCAGUAUUAACAGAACAAAAGGUAAUUCUCUCCUUCAAAAUUUGCUUAGCGUAUCUAUGAUUGGUUGUAUUCUGAAAAAGAGGGGGAAAGGUUAUAAAGGUAUUAGCAAAACGGGAACUGUUUGGAGAUUACCAGUAGUCAGAGACAGGCCGCCUUAUUAAAGAAGUCAAAAGAAAUACAAAAACAACAUUGUGGCCUUCUCCCCGAUGAAACCGUCUCACUCUGCUUGAUAUUGACUCUGCCGUCAUACCACUGCAGUGAUAUUAAAGGUGCACUACACAAAGUUGCAGAGGUGAAGUGAGGACCUUUCAGACUCAACUGACAGGGAAAGGAAUAACCAUGUAAUUUAUUACUGAGUUGACAAUGUAAACCAUGUGGAUCCAACCAUCCAAUGCUCAUGUCAGUUGACCCCGCCAGCAAUUUUGCAUACUACACUUUUAAUCGUUUUUAUUUCCUUUUUUUUUUAUUAUUAUUGUUGUUUUUUUGUACAUCAGGCCUUCACUCUGGAUUUAAAUUUUUUAUGGUGUUCGUGUGAUAAGCUUAGAAUCAGGUUUCAUGUGUUCAGUAACUUUUUUUUUUUUUUAUUGUCCUAUAGGUUUACUCAGCAUGGACAUCAGGCUGGACACACACACACACACAAUAACACUCACAGAGCACACAGCAUGGUGGGAAAUGACCACCAGUCCCUCUGGCAGGCAGCCAAUGAUCAUUCAGGGCUCCUCUGCCAUCACACUAAUUUUUUUUUUUUUUUUUUUGUUGGAAUGAAUAUAAAUCACAAAUUGGCUUUCUUUUCCUCACAUCUAUACAUUUGUGUGUUUUAUCUGGAUUGUGAACACAGUAUAGGUUUUUCUUUUUGUUUUUUCCUGUCACUCCAAUUAUUUAUGUUGUAAAAUUUUCUUUGUCCACCACACUGCGUUAGUCAUGACAUGACAGGGUUUUUUAGCGUCUGGUAUAUUUUGAGUUUCGCUUGUAGAUUUUAUUAGUGCCAUGUAGAUACCGCCCAUCUCUGUUAACACAUAGGCCAUGCUGCACUAACCUAACUGUUGUAUUAGAAAAUACAUAUUUAAAUAUAGCUGCUUAUUGCUCCUAAUAAUAAACAUAUUGUACAG